GCCAGAGCUUGCAUUCACUAGUAAAGUACGUGUAUCUCAGGUCCCUCCGGGUGUUGCUUUCAUACAUUUAGGGUGAGAACUCACCAGCAGGGGGAGGAGGACAACUGCUCUCACUGACUGCAUCUGCACCCACUUGUAUUGUCCGUCCCAUUUUCCCGAGAAGAGAAAUCGGACAGCAAAUCCUGGUAUGUUGCGAUAUACCGCGGUUACUGGGAACAACGCACCCCAUCUGCUGCUGAAAUGAGAUUCUUUGCCCUGGGACCAGUUUGUGUCUUUUUCUUGCUGUUGUGGGUACCUGCAUGUGGAGAAAAAGUUACCUCCGGCUCAGUGAACCCCUGCUGCUAUCUUCCUUGCCAGAACCAGGGUGUGUGUGUGAGGUAUGCUGAGGAUAAGUAUGAAUGUGACUGCAUUCGCACCGGCUUUCAUGGAGAAAACUGCACAGUUCCUGAAUUUUGGACCAGAGUGCGGCUGUUCCUCCGACCUAGCCCUGGAGCGGUGCAUUUCAUCCUUACACACUUCAGCUGGAUCUGGGACAUUGUCAAUAGUACCUUCAUGAGGGACUUCCUAAUGCGUCUCGUCUUAACAGUCAGAUCCAACUUUAUACCCAGCCCACCAACAUACAACUCCAAAUACAGCUACCUUUCCUGGGAGUCCUACUAUAACGUUAGCUACUACACUCGUCUUUUGCCUCCUGUUCCAGAAGAUUGCCCUACCCCUCUUGGGGUCAGAGGUGGAGCUGGGUUACCUGACCCUGAGCUGUUGGUUGAGAAAUUAUUUAAAAGGAAGACUUUCAGAAAAGACCCACAGAGAUGUAACUUGAUGUUUGCAUUUUUUGCUCAACACUUUACACACCAGUUCUUCAAGACUUAUAACCGCAUGGGUCCAGGCUUUACGAAGGCUUUAGGGCAUGGUGUUGAUGCUGGACACAUUUAUGGUGACAGUUUGAAACGUCAGUUGCAACUUAGGCUUCUCAAGGAUGGAAAACUCAAAUAUCAGCUUAUAAAUGGAGAAAUGUACCCCCCAACUACUUUGGAAGCUCCUGUAAAGAUGAACUACCCACCAAACACCCCUCAGAACCAGCAGCUGGCCUUUGGACAUGAAUUGUUUGGACUACUUCCUGGUUUGGGGAUGUAUGGCACAAUUUGGCUGAGGGAACACAACAGAGUGUGUGACAUUCUGAAGACUCUGCAUCCCCAUUGGGAUGAUGAGCAGCUUUUUCAGACUACACGCUUCAUUAUUAUUGGUGAGACUAUUCGAAUAGUCAUAGAAGAAUAUGUUCAACAGCUCAGUGGAUACCAUAUGAAGUUGAAGUUUGAUCCGACCAUGCUGCACAAUACUGAUUUCCAAUAUGGCAACCGUAUUGCUCUGGAGUUUGACCACUUGUACCACUGGCACCCUUUGAUGCCUGAUGCACUCAAUAUUGAUGGAGAUACAUUUACCUAUGAACAGUUUAUCUUUAAUACCAGCAUACUCUCUCACUAUGGCAUAGAGAAGUUGGUGGAGUCUUUUUCUCGACAACCUGCUGGCCAGAUUGGUGGUGGUUAUAACUUGCAUGCUAUAGUAGUCCAUGUUGCUGUGAAGACCAUUGAAGUGUCCCGUCUUCUGCGUGUGCAGCCCUUCAAUGAGUAUAGGAAAAGGUUUAACCUGAAGCCAUAUACAUCUUUUAGAGAGUUUAGUGAUGAUGAAGAAAUUGCUCUGCAACUUGAAGAAUUUUAUCACGGUGACAUAAAUGCUCUGGAAUUUUAUCCCGGUCUACUGUUGGAGAAAACACGUCCAGGAGCAAUAUUUGGAGAGAGCAUGGUGGAGAUGGGGGCUCCCUUUUCCCUGAAAGGACUAUUGGGGAACCCCAUAUGUUCUCCCACGUACUGGAAACCAAGCACAUUUGGAGGCAAAGUUGGAUUUGACAUAGUGAAUUCUGCAACACUGAAAAAGUUGGUCUGUUUAAACACCAAAACAUGUCCCUAUGUGGCAUUCAGAGUGCCAACCCAAGCAGAAUUAGAAAAAGAAAACAGAAAGCGAAAAGAUGAACUAUGAUGCAGGAUUUUAAUUGCAAAGAUUUAUCAGGUACUGCAUUGAAACAUAUUGGACCCUUGUACACUGGUUUACAUGUACACUGGCGUAGACUUUGUCUAUUGCCAUUAUGCCCUGGAAUACAGAUGUUUGUGUCAAUGUAAUCCAAUUAGGCUGGGCAAUAUCGACAAAGAUCUUUUUUGAAUAAUCAGAUAAUAUUGUGGCAAUCCUACAAAUAUGCCCAAAUGUGCUUGUUUGUGUGUGUGUGUGUGUGUGUGUUUUAUACUUUUUUGCAUAUCUUUAAAAACAACAUUCACGGUAUUAUAACUAGUUUGAUAUAUUUUUUUUUUCCAAAUGAGUUAAUAUAAUUUAUUUUGACACUGAAGGCUUAGCUGUAUAAAAUAUGAAUAUUAUA